AGAAGAUAUAUCCGACUACUUUUGUGUUUACUUCCGUGGUGUUUGGGUCAAAAAUGCUUUAAAGAUCGAUAGUUAGCUGAUGAAUAUUAACAUAUCCACAUUGUAGUGGUUUCCAAAAACUGUAUAAAAUCUAGUUGUUUAUUUUUGUGACAAUGUGCAACGGCUGCGUGCAAAAAGAAUUCCCCGAUCGGGGCCACACUUGUUUGGAGGAUGGCUCCUAUCUGAUGAACUACCUGGGCUGUGCCAGCUGCAACCACAGGGACUUCGUGUUGGUCGCCAAUAAAGUCGGGGAGGAUUACGACGGAGAGGAGAUCGUCACCUAUGACCAUCUUUGCAAAAACUGCAACCACGUCAUCGCCAGACAUGAAUAUACAUUUGCUGUUGUUGAUGAAUAUCAGGAGUACACAAUGCUUUGCAUGCUGUGUGGUAAAGCAGAGGACUCCAUUAGCGUGUUGCCAAAUGACCCUGGACAGAACACCCCGCUCUUCUAGACCAGACAAUACACCAAAAGUGUAGAUAACCAUUUCUGUCAGAAUAAUUGUAUCGAAGUUAUCACAAAACAUUGCGUUGCCAUGAGUUCCCGGCGAGAAGACUAAAGCUGUCUUUGAUCCUACCAAGAAGAAGGCUUGUAAAACUCCACUGUGUAGGAUGGGGAGCGACAUGAGGGUUAUGUUUCUCUGAUGUAUUGUAAUCCACAAAAAGAUUUUGUCUUGACCCGAGAACUA